CGUUAUAAGGUCGCGGAGGGAUCGCGGUUCGUUCCUGUUCCUCUGUCCAGGUUGUUCCACGGUUCCACCGGCAAGAUGGGUUUUGGUGAAUAUCCUCUCGAGUAUAACGCCAAGAUUCACGGGCCCUAUGACCCUGCAAGAUAUUAUGGCAAGGCUGACAUUCCCUUCGGACAGGUGAAACUUGGAGAGCUUGGAUCAUGGCUGGGCCGUCGUAACAUGUCAGGCAUUCCAGGUGCCGUCUCCCGGGCCUUUUGGAGGUGGAAUCACAAGUACAUGCUCCCCAAGAAGACUGGCUUUGCACCUUUCGCACAGCUUAUGGUGGGCUGUAUGAUAGUGUUCUACAGUAUAAAUUAUGGCAAAAUGGUGCACCACAGGAAUCACAAGUACCACUGGUAAGAACAAGAUCUGCAUCUUGUCCUACAAGCAAUGACAACCAGGCCUUUCAGGGAACAGCUGCAUGUUAAAUUGUGCAUGAAAAUAUAGUAAUGGAACUAAUGGGAGGAUACAGCCGAAAGCAAGGCUUUGGUAUGUGAGUCUGUAAAUUUGUAAAUGAAGUUAUGGUAACUUUAAAUACACUAUAUCGAAGA